UCACAGCCCUCCAAUUAUUGUUCCCCGGCCCCAGAACAGAGACAUUCUGGGUUGUGAACAAGCAGCCCGAACAAGCCAAGAUCAGUUUCAGUGAUGGGAUGGGCUUUUCCCCCCCAUCCUAUUUAGUUCUUCACCUCUCAGCCAAGCCUACCCGAGAUGGGGAGCAGGGAGCACCCAUCUGUGGAGUGGGUCCCUGCCUGCUAGGAACUGCGGAGAGACCCAGCUGCUUGGGAAACAUGGCGAAGCGAGAGUGAAACAGCUGCUGGAUAACAGGGCAAUUGGGGCGUUAUUUAUACAGACAGGCAAUGACCGAAGGACCCUGGCUGUGAAGUGUCUCAUGCAUCGUGGGCCGGGAAACAUUCCACAAAGACCAGCACACCAUCACACAAUGAACUGAGAAAGAAAAUGUCCAACCAAACCACCCUGACUGAGUUCCUUCUCCUGGGAUUCUCAGACAUUUGGGAGCUGCAGAUUUUGCACUUUGUGGUGUUCCUGAUGAUUUACCUGGUAGGCCUGAUGGGAAAUCUUCUCAUCAUCACAGCCAUAGCCCUUGACCCCCAUCUUCACACCCCCAUGUACUUCUUCCUGGUGAACCUGUCCAUCCUAGACCUUGGCUCCAUCUCCGUCACCAUCCCCAAAUCCAUGGUCAAUUCCCUCAUGAACACCAAAGUAAUUUCUUAUCCUGGAUGUGUCACCCAAGUGUUUUUAUUUGUAGUCUUCACUUCAACUGAUCUUGCCUUACUCACCAUCAUGGCAUACGACCGAUAUGUUGCCAUCUGCCAACCACUGCACUAUGAGAGUGUAAUGAACAGGAGAGCUUGUGUCCAAAUGGCAGCCAGUGCCUGGAUUACUGGUAUUGUCAACUCUGCAUUGCACACUGGGAACACUUUUAGGUUACCCUUCUGCCAGACAAAUGUCGUCCACCAGUUCUUCUGUGAAAUCCCCCAGCUGCUCAAGCUCGCCUGUUCUGACUCAUACCUCAGUGAAAUUGGGCUUCUUGCCUUUAGUGGGUUGUUAGGUUUAAACUGCUUUGUCUUUAUAAUUCUGUCUUAUGUUCAGAUCUUCAAAGCAGUGCUGAGAAUCCCCUCUGAGCAGGGCCAACAUAAAGCCUUCUCCACCUGCCUUCCUCACCUCACUGUGGUCUCUUUGUUUCUUUGCACGGGCUUCUUUGAGUACCUGAAACCCACCUCCAUCUCAGCAUCAGGUCUGGACCUUUUGGUGGGUGUUCUCUAUUCCCUGGUGCCUCCAGUGAUGAAUCCGAUCAUCUACAGCAUGAGGAACACAGAGAUCAAAGCUGCAUUAAAGAAACUGAUUGUCUGGAGGUUAUUCACCAGGAAUUAA